AUGCCCUUUGAUGGAAAGGGCAACCUGCUCCAUCUCAACCCGGAACAAUUCGACUUCAACCUUCAAUUUGAGAGUCUCUUUUUCUCGAUUCUUCCCUCUGUCUUGUUUAUUCCAUCAUCAUUAUGGCGAACUCUAGCACAGAUACGCAAGCCCGUGGUAGUGAAUGCGCCCGUCUUCCACUUGAUCAAAACAGUAUGCCUUGACCCUCCUCCAUUCCGACAAUUCCUGCGUUCUGAACACUGCUACAAGGGUGCCAUUGUGAUUUAUGCCGGGUUGGAACUUGCACUGCUUAUUCUCACCGCGGUCGGGUCCUUCCACAUGAGCCGCAUGGUGAUCGCUUCAUCCGUCCUGCAGCUGGUAUCGGCCCUGUUCAUGAUCACGGUAAGCGUGGUAGAUCACAGUCGUAGCCCUCGACCAUCGAUGUUGCUGAACAGCUACUUGUCCCUCACUCUUCUUCUCGAUAUCGCUCGAGCAAGAACUCUGUUCCUGUCGUCAGACCAUAGCUCCGAGAUAAUCUACAGCAGCGUCUUCAGUGCAUCGGUCGGGCUGAAGACCGGCAUCUUGGUCCUCGAAGCCUGUCAGAAAGCGAGAUGGGUAAUCUGGAACGCAAAGGAACACAGUCCCGAGGAGACGAGUGGAAUAUUCUCUCUGGGCGUCUUCUUCUGGCUAAAUAAGCUCUUCUUGGCCGGAUAUAGACAGGCCUUCACAAUCGACACCCUCUAUCCCCUUGACAGCUCCUUUGACGCACAAGCUCUGCAUGCGCAAUUCGCGAAGAGACUGGACUACACUAAGCCGGAGGGAGAUCAAUUCGGCCUUUUGAAAGUGCUAAUACGUACCUUGUGGGUGCAACUACUGCUGCCGAUUCCUCCGAGGGCGGCCUUGAUUGCGUUCUACAUCUGCCAACCCCUUUUCAUCGAGAGUCUCAUCACGUAUCUGUCUCGUUCGGAACCAGAUCCAAAUGUGGGAUAUGGGCUAAUAGGCGCUGCCAUAUUUAUCUACUCGGGGAUUGCAAUCUCGUAUGCUUUAUACUGGUACUGCCACCACCGACUGCCGGACGAUGGCGAUGAUAGCGCUGCGUUGACUCUCAUGAGCACCGACAUGGAGCGCAUCAGAAUGGGUCUCCGCUCUGUCCACGAGGCAUGGGCGAGCGUAAUUCAGGCAGGCCUUGCCGCCUGGAUGCUCUAUCGACAACUCGGGGUCGUGUUCGUUGCCCCCGUGGGUGUAGUAGUGGUUUGCUUCGUUGGGUUAGGGAUCCUGAUCAAAUUCACCGGUGACUCGCAGCGAUCUUGGAUGUCGGAGGUCCAGAAACGCGUCGGGCUCACAGCCACCGUCAUUGGUAGCAUGAAAUCACUCAAAAUAUCCGGCCUCGCCGGUCCCGUGUCCGAGUACGUGCAGCAGCUGCGUGUCAACGAACUCGCUGCUGGCGCUCGAUACCGCAGGAUUAUGAUCAUCGCCGCCAUCUUCGGAUUCGUCCCUCAGUUGAUCAGCCCUCCGCUGACCUUCGCGUUCGCCCAGCACACGCUGAAUGCUUCGACCAUGUUUACCAGUCUUUCCUUUCUGACUCUGUUGACUCAGCCGCUGUCGCAGCUUUUCCAGUCGAUCCCGGAGAUCGUUUCGGGACUGGCCUGCUUGGGUCGGAUCCAGGCAUUUUUGGAAUUGAAGCCUCGUCAGGAUUAUCGGGAACACCUGGUCGACGCCCAGAACUGCGGCAUAGAGAAGACUUUAAACCACGCCAAUCCACAACCUACGGAUUAUUUUGUCAUCCGAGACGCGAACUUCGGAUGGAAAGCAGACAAGUUCGUGCUGAGCAAGAUCAAUACCCAAAUCCCAGCCUCAUCCCUGACCAUGGUCAUCGGUCCCGUCGGCUCAGGCAAAUCCACAUUCUGUAAAGCCCUUCUGGGCGAGAUUCCCUUCAGCCAAGGCAGCGUCGUGACGAAGACCUCCCCCCGUCACGUCGGUUUCUGCGAACAAACCGCCUUUCUAUGGAGCGGUACGAUCAGAGAGAACAUUAUCGGAUUCACAUCCUUUGACCGCGAGCGGUAUGACCAAGUCAUCGAAGCCACGUCCCUGCGCUUCGACCUUGAUACCCUGUCGCAGGGAGACCAGACUAAUAUCGGGUCGGAUGGUGUAGCGUUGUCGGGUGGGCAGAAGCAGCGUGUGUCUCUUGCGCGAGCACUAUACCUACCCUCAGACCUUUUGGUCCUGGACGAUGUGUUUAGCGGGUUGGACGCUGAUACCGAGGGGAAAAUCUUUCGGCAGGUCUUUGGGCCGGAUGGUCUCCUGCGACGACGGGGCUCGACGGUGGUUCUGUGCACACAUAGUGUCAGACAUCUCCCGACGGCGGACUAUAUCAUUGCGCUCGAAAACGGAAGUGUUGCAGAGCAGGGAACCUUUGUCGAUUUGUCGACUCGUGCGGGCUAUGUUCAGCGGCUGGGCGUGGGACUCAAGCAGGAGGGCAACGAUACGACAACUGACGAUGAGCCUGGUCCUUUUCCCGAACAUAAGGGACAUACUGGGGCUGACAAGCAACUCGAACAUUCGAUCAUUGUUGACAGCACGGAAUCAUCUACCCCAAUUGCCCCAGAAGUGGCCGCAGUCCGCCAGGUCGGUGAUGCCACCGUCUAUAAGGUGUAUUUCAAAAGUAUGGGAUGGUUUGUAGCAGCCUGCAGUCUGUUCUUUGCGGCCCUCUGGGGCCUGUUCACCAAUUACCCAACCAUAUGGCUCACAUACUGGAGUGACGCCACCGAGUCCGUCCAUCCUGCACACUCCAACUCUUACUACGCCGGGAUUUAUGCUCUCCUCCAGAUCUGCGCCAUCCUCGCCCUCCUUCUUCUAGGUAUCACGCUCCUCAUCGUCUCCGUGAAGAAAGCCGGCGCCAAUCUCCACCGGCAAGCCUUACACACCUUGAUUCGUGCACCACUCUCAUUCUUCACAAACACCGACACCGGGGUGAUCACCAACCUCUUCUCCCAGGAUCUCAACCUCAUCGACACAGAACUCCCCGAGGCUACCCUCAACACCCUCUUUUGCCUGUUCCAAUCAAUUGGCCAAGCAGUGGUGAUGCUCACCUCGUCCGCCUACCUGGCCAUCAGCUACCCGAUCCUGGGCGCCGUGCUCUACUUGGUGCAGAAAUUCUACCUCCGCACGUCGCGGCAGCUGCGCUUGCUCGACCUGGAGGCCAAGAGUCCGCUCUACACGCAUUUCCUCGACACACUCAAGGGGAUCGCCACGCUGCGGGCCUUCGGGUUCAUCUCGGAUGACAUAUUCAAGAACGCCAGUCUGGUGGAUUCCAGCCAGCGCGCGGCCUAUCUCCUCCUCAUGAUUCAGGAGUGGCUGAAUCUGGUCCUUAACCUCGUCGUAAUGGUCAUCGCGGCGGUCUUGACAACGCUGGCCGUCCGGUUGCAUUCCAACUCGGCCUUCGCCGGUGCAUCGCUGUACUCGCUGAUGACAUUCGGCGAGAGCCUCUCCGGGAUCGUGAUUUUCUACACCAGAUUGGAGACCUCCAUCGGUGCGAUCGCGAGACUGAAAAUCUUUAACGAGACCGUCACGCCGGAGGACCACGACGGUCCCGGAAAGGAGGACAUCGUCCCAGACAUUAAAUGGCCGGAUCGCGGACUGGUCACAUUGCGUGGUGUAUCAGCCCGGUAUAAAUCCACCAGCGUAUCUGAAUCCGACUCUGAGAUCGACUCCGUCGUCUCUGGUAUCACCACGCCGCCCCUCGCCCUUAAGAACCUCACUCUAACAAUCCACCCGGGGGAAAAAGUCGCCAUCUGCGGCCGCACCGGCAGCGGCAAAUCCAGCUUCCUCGCUCUCCUACUAAAACUCCUCGAUCCGCUACCUUCAUCCAACAACAAUAAUGGCCCGGAACCUCCAAUCUUAAUCGACAACAUUCCGCUACACCGCAUCCACCGCGCAACUCUCCGCCAACGCCUCAUCGCCGUGCCCCAGGACCCCGUCCUCCUACCCGAUGGCUCCUCCUUUCGCGCAAACCUCGACCCAACCAACACCGCGACCCCGGCAGAGUGCCAGCGGGUCCUCGAAGCGGUCCGGCUGUGGGAGUUUGUCCAGGAACGAGCGGAGGGGCUGGAUGCGCCCGUCUCGGUGGGGAGCCUGAGUGCCGGGCAGCGGCAGCUCUUCUCGCUAGGGCGGGCAGUGCUCCGUGCUAUGAUCCGUCUGCGGUCAACGACUUCCUUCCCUCGGGAGAAGUCGGGGCCGGGGUCCGACAAUCAAGACCAAGGCGGAAUCCUCCUCCUUGAUGAAGUCAGCUCCAGUGUGGACCGGGAAACCGAGCAGGUGAUGCAGGAGAUCAUUCGAGCUGAGUUCAGACACUACACGGUCAUUGCGGUGAGUCAUCGGCUGGAGAUGGUCAUGGACUUUGAUCGGGUGGUGGUGAUGGAUCGUGGGGAGGUGGUGGAGGUUGGUAAUCCGGUGCUCCUUAAAGGGGAAGCUGGGAGUCGAUUUGGGGAGUUGGUGGCUGCUGCUGGUGCAUAG